AUGUCAAUUGACAUCUCAGACCUCUCAAAACUAAAGCAAAUAUACGAUGAAAAUGGCUACGUUUUGAUUAAAAACGUAUUUUCCGAAGCCGAAUGUGAUGAUAUGAAAGAAGAAAUUGAAAAAAUUGUUGAUAAGUUAGACCUAUCUCAACAUCCAAAGACCAUUUUCGAUACAUACGAUGACCAACGACAUGUUGACACGUAUUUUCUUGACAGUGCUUCAAAAGUGUCUUUCUUUUAUGAAGAGGGAGCUUUGGCUAAGGAUGGAACGCUGACUGUGCCGAAGGAUCAAGCUUUGAAUAAAAUUGGGCAUGGUAGGUUUAAAAAGUGUAUAAUAGGCUAAGCAAAAUAGUUUUUUUUUGACUUUAGUGUACUUACUGCUAAGGCAGGGCUAGAAUAAUGUAAGACAAAGCACGGGUAAAGCAAGGAAAAAGUAAGAUGUAUGAGAAGGCAUGGGUAAGGCAAGUCAAAGGUAAGACAAAUCUAGAAUUUGAAUUGACUAAAGAAAAGCUAAAGUAAAGCAUAACUGAAGUAAGGCAAAGUUAGGCUACAGAAAAAGCUAAGGUAAGACAAGGUUAGAGUAAGGCAAGGCAAAUUUAAGCAAAGCUAAAGUAAUAGAAAGCUAGACUAAGAAGAAGAUAGAGUAAGCCAAGGCUAAGGAAAUGCUAUAGUGAGACAAAGAUAGGUUAAAGAACAGCAAGGAUAACACAAGCCCAGGCUCGAGUAAGACUAUAUGUUUUAUUUAAAAUAAGCUGUUUUCAGCGCUUCACUGGCUGAAUCCCGUGUUCAAAAAGUACACUUUUGAUCAACGGAUAUGUGUAAGUUAUGUCACCUUUCCAUUUUAUUGGUAUUUUACUUUCUUUAUUAAAUUUUAAGCUAAAACUGUAGUUUUUUAAUAUUUUUUUUGUUUUUCAGAACAUAGUAAGAUCACUUGGAUUCCAAAACCCACACAUUGUUCAAAGCAUGUACAUCUUUAAGGUAAGUGUGGAGCUGUAAAAGGUCAUUGGUCUUAGCCUUUGGGCGUAAGUAUGCCGAACUGAGACGGGUUGGUUUAGCCUCACCAGGCAUGGACGUCGGGCGGGUCGGGUCCGAUUUUCAGGACCCAUAGAAUUCCGGAUCCGACCCGAUUACUUUUUUUUAGACCCGCCCGACGUCUAUGCCUGCGCCUCACUUACGAGCUAAAAACUUUAGGUCUUGCCGGUCUAAAUUUUGCUCAAUCUUGGAGUCGGCCUUCUUAAAUUUUGUUCAGGCUUCUCGUUUAAGUUUGGCCGGCUUGUCCCGAUUGCCAUCUCUAAUGUGCCAACUCGUUCUCUUUUUCUUUUGCUUUGGCCCGAGUGGGCUAGGUGAGCCUUAAUGUGCCUUUUUUAAGUCUUAUUGGCACUAGCUUAGAAAAGCUUUUCUGUUUUUUCAUUAAGGUUAAGGUUACUAGCUUACUCUAAUAGUUAUACAAAGUCUGCCAAAAGUUCUGUUACAAAACUUUACCGGUUGUUUUCGCUAUUCGGCGCACCCUGUGUACGUACUUUAACUCUAUUUUAAUGUUUGAUCUCUCACUUUAUUUACUUUUUUCAAACUUUUUCCUCUCAUAUCCCAUUGAAAACUCCAAAAAAAUUACGUAGCAAACUUGCAGCAGCCCAAAAUUGGUGGUGCGGUAACUGACCACAUUGACGCUACCUUCCUACAAAGUGAUCCGCCCGAAAACUUGUUUGGUAUAUGGAUUGCGAUCGACGAGGCUAGCCAGGAGAAUGGCUGUUUAUGGUUUAUACCCGGCUCACAUCAAGGUCCUCAUCCUGGCUAUCGAUUUGUUAGGACUUUUUCGACCGAUCCCAAUGAAAAGUUGUUGAUUUUUGAAGGUAAAAAGCCUACGUAUGAUCAGAGCAAAUUUUUACCGGUACCUGUACCGAAAGGUAGUAUGGUACUGAUUAAUGGGUUAGUGGCACACAAAAGUGAGCCAAAUACAUCGGAUAAGAGUCGACAUGCUUAUACUGUACAUGUGGCGGAGAUGGUUGAGAGAAAGAAGUGGCAUGAGAGGAAUUGGUGGGUUAUAACAUUUGUUACUGUUUUUCUACUAAGUCUGCUAGAGUUAGGUAUUGUAAGAAAAGAGCUAAAGCGGUGUAGAUUAAGGCUUAAAUAUAGCUAUCAUAUUUUAAGAAAAAGCCAGAACAUGCAUUGAAAGUAAAGUUAAAGCUCAGGUUCAGGCUGAAGCUAAAGCUCAUGCUCAGGCUCAAAGUCAGGCUCAGGCUCAGACUCAGGCUCAAGCUCAAACUCAAACUCAAACUUAAUUUCGAGCUCAAAUUCAAGCUCAAGCGUUGGCUUAGGCUUUGGAGUAUGCUUGGGCUCAGGCUAACGAUCAUCCUCAGGCGUAGGCUUUGACGCACGCUCAGGCUCAAACUUGGCUUAGGCUAAAGCUCUGACUCGAGCUUAGGAUUAAGCUCAGGUUUAAUCUACUGCUUAGCUUAAAGCUAAUUUUAAGACUAAAGGUAAAGCGAUACGCUUAAGACUGAGGUUAUGGUCAGUUUUGGUCUUUUAUAUGUAGUUUUUAUUAUUUUAGGCUGCAAGAAACCGAAGAUUACAAAUUUCCAGCGCUCUACACGUCGAAAUCAGAUUAA